AUAACGGUUAUAGGUCAUUAUCUUUUUUCGAUUUUGAAACUGUUUUUUGGAUUUCUACUUGAUUCUCGCUAGUUUUAAAACUGAUUCUUCUUCAUUUCAAAGAAACCGAUAUAUUAUUUACUGAUUAUUUCUAGAAUUUUUCUGCUCCUCUGCUUCUCUGCUGUUGAAACUUAGUGUGUUUUUUUGUUCGUAAUCCAUUACGUUUGCAUCGCAAAUAUGGUGAAGAGGAUUAGGAAUGAUGAUUCUAGGUAUAAUUUCGUUUGUUUUUGCUGCAAAUUUUUUUUUGUUUUCAAAAUUGAGCGUUUUUGUUGUUGUAAUUGUAAUGUAGCCCGAAGUCGAAGAAGGUGAAGAGUCUUGGAUCUUCAGGAAAAAUUUUGGCAGUGUCUACUGCUGGGAAGAAGAAGAGAAAGAUGGUGAUUAUGAUCCAAGAUGUGAUAAAUCCUUGUCUAAGAAGAAAGGCAAAUCUGAUUUAUCACCAAUCAAGUUUUCAUUUUCAAGAUCUAAUCCCGAUCAACAGAAAGACACAUUUGAUAGAUCGAAUAUGUGAAGAACAUGCACAAGUUGAAGAGGAAUGCGCUUGCAUUCUGUCAAGUGAAUUUGGAGAUUGCCCAGAUAUUCGGGAGGAAGGCGAGAAGCUGUCUCAAGACAGUAUUUCUCUGGAUGAUAGUGAAGUAUUUAACCCAGAUUUUCUGAGUCAAAUUGACGACAUAUGCAAGCGUCAUUUGGAAGCGAAAGACAGUGCAAACAAAGUUGAUCCUACAAUUUCACUAUUGGUGAAGCGGCCUGUUGAAUUGGAGUUUGGAAGAAUUGAAAAUGUUCCUGAUUUGGAUUCUGGUGUUCAUGGAGUUGAUUUGAAAGAAGGAAAUGAUGAAAAAGAAGGAGAGGAGGAUGAGAAGAAGAUGAAUGCUGAUGAUGAUCAGCAUAAAGAAGAUGAUGAUGAUGAUGAUGGUGGUGAUAUAAGGAUCACCAGAAUUAUAAGAGAGAAAGGAUGA